UUCAGCUCCGUUGGCGUAUAAAAUGCAUAAAGUUUCACUUGCUCUGCUCGUGUUGGUGGCCGCUGUAAGUGCUAUCCACAUUCAACAACGCUAUCAUGGCCAAGAUAUUUACGCUGAACCCGAUUGCUCUAUCGUAGAAGAUCAUUCGCGUAUGUUCCGCGACAUAUCCGAUCCAACUCACUACUGGGUGUGCCCCGAAGGGCAAGAAAAGGCCGACUACAUACAAUGCCCUGAUAAUCAUGCCUUCAUGGAGAAAGAGCAGAAAUGCGUAGUGUGGGAGGAAUGGAAAUGGGUUGAGCCAUAUACCAAAUAGAGUGUGU